ACAUAAUGAAGUGCGUGCUUUUCACGUGAAAUGGCCCUUUAAAAAGCCGGAGUCCUCCAAUCAGGCGGCGAGGAGAGAGGAGCGUGCGUGUGCGUGUUUUGUUGUUGUUGUUGUUGUUGUUUUGGGGACCAAAGGCUGCAAGGAUGGUCUCGUCCUACCCGUUACCGGAGGGCUUCUCCGAGUUUGACGUCUUCUGCCUGGGUUCGUGUCUACUUGUGGAGGGUCUGGUGGGGAUCCUCCUCAACGCGGUCACCAUCGCGGCGUUCCUCAAAGUGAGGGAGCUGAGGACCCCCAGCAAUUUCCUGGUGUUCAGUCUGGCCAUGGCCGACGUUGGCAUCUCCAUGAACGCCACGGUGGCGGCUUUCUCCAGCUUCCUCAGGUACUGGCCUUACGGCUCUGAGGGAUGUCAGACUCACGGCUUCCAGGGCUUUGUGACGGCUCUCGCCAGCAUCCACUUCAUCGCCGCCAUCGCCUGGGAUCGAUACCACCAGUACUGCACUCGGACCAAGCUGCAGUGGAGCAGCGCCAUCACGCUGGUCAUUUUCAUCUGGCUUUUCACCGCCUUCUGGUCCGCAAUGCCUCUCAUCGGCUGGGGGGAGUACGACUACGAGCCCCUCAGGACCUGCUGCACGCUGGACUACAGCAAGGGAGACAGGAACUACGUCUCCUACUUGAUCCCCAUGAGCGUCUUCAACAUGGCUAUCCAAGUCUUUGUGGUCAUGUCCUCCUACCAGUCCAUCGCACAGAAGUUCAAGAAGACCGGAAACUCUAAAUUCAACCCCAACACUCCUCUUAAGACCAUGCUAAUGUGCUGGGGCCCCUAUGGCUUCCUGGCUUUCUACGCCGCCGUGGAGAACGCCAACCUGGUCUCACCAAAGCUGAGGAUGAUGGCCCCCAUCCUGGCCAAGACGUCCCCCACCUUCAACGUUUUCCUGUACGCUUUGGGAAAUGAGAACUACAGAGGAGGUAUCUGGCAGUUCCUCACCGGGGAGAAGAUUGAAGUGCCUCAAAUUGACAACAAGUCCAAAUAAACUAAGCGUUGUAAUGUUACACCUCCA